GUCUCCAUAGGAGCUCCGGGGUGCCGCAGAGCUCGCUGUCCCUUCUCGGGAGUCCUGUCACAGGUCCGUAAGCCACCUUCCUAAGAAGGGCCAGGGGGAAACUAGGCCUGGAUGGCGACUUCUAGGCUCAUUCCUAAGUGGAUUGAUUUUUUGAAGCUUCUGAACGACACCAUUCAACAAAGCAAGAAACCCAGAGCGGAGGAACAGAGUGACGUAAUCGUGUUGACUGACCGAUCCCAAAUACUGUUCAAAGAAUCUCGCUAUCCUCUCACUAUGCCGACUAUAUGCCAUUACUUCAUCGAGGCCCACUUCUUUGCCACUCUCUCCUUGGUGUCAUCCUACAUGAAAGAAGCACUGGCUGUAGUGUGGGUGAAGAACAAAACUGAUGACAUAGUUGAAAAAAGAACAUUCCCGAUGUCGGAACGACUUCAGCCUGUCCAGGCAAUGGUGCACACAGGCGCCCUUCAUCUCAUCGUGGCCUACUGUGGCGACAUGAUCCUGAGGCUCUUUGGGGACCAUUUUAAGGCAUUCAAGCCCACGGGUACUGUGCCCUGCCGUUUUGACAUCAGCUGUCUCUGCUUCAAUCCAGAAACAAAGAUGCUUCUGUCUGGCAUCCUGGGGGGAGUGGUCACCUGGAACAUUGAACAGACUGGCAAGGGCCUCCGCAUGCUGCAAAUAUCUCCCAUCUCUGGCGACGAGGUGGUCCAAAACAUCGCCCUGAAUGGCCCGAAUGGCUGCAUCCUGGCCCUGUGUGAAAGUACGCUGAGAGUCCUUGAACACCAGGGCCAGGGUCAACUGGAAGAGUCAAAGAGGUUCGUCGCCACUAACUGCUGCUCUCCCAUCACCUGCUGCUUCACGAGCCUCGAGGAGAAUCUUCUCUAUGCUGGGAACAAGGUUGGGGAGGUCUAUGUAUGGACCUUCCCUCAAAGCCAGUCUCUCCACAGCUUCAGAGCCCAUCCCACAGUAGUGGUAUGUAUACAGAGCCGGGCGGAGCCCCACACCCUGCUGACAGCUGGCAAGGAAGGCAUAAUCAAGGAAUGGAACCUCACUUCCGGGGACCUGCUCCGGCAUCUGAAACUCGGUGAGGAGCUCUAUGCCCUCCAGUUUAUCGACAACACUACUUUCUUCUGCCAGACGACGCAUCAGUUUUCCUUGCGCCGGCUGCCGGGCUUCUACAGCCUCUUCAAUAUCUGUGGUUCCAUUCCCCAGCAGUUACGUCGGAUCCGCUGUGGGAACAACUGGUACCGGAUCCUGUGUGCCACGGAGGAUGGCCUGUUGCGCUUUGUGUCUCCCGUGACAGGAGAUCUUCUGCUUAUCACGUGGCCUUUCUCAGUACUCGACCAUGCUGUGGACUGGGCCUAUGAUCCAAAUAAAGAGGAGCUUUUUGUAGCAACAGGCACCUCAGAGGUGCUAGUGUUUGACGCGAGCCGCAACCCUUGCCCGGUCAAGUAUCUCUUGUGCACCUCACCGGAUAUUCAGGACUACGUCCAGUGCCUGGCUUAUGGGAAUUUCCAUCUGGGGCGGGGGCUGGAGGGCCUGAUGUUCUCUGGGCAUCAGAGUGGUAUGAUAAGAGUGCUUUCCCAGCACAGCUGUGCCAGAAUUGAGAAAAAUGUUCACUUUGGGGCUGUCCUGGCUCUGUCGAUAUUCUAUGGGGGGCUUAUGACUAGUCGAGAAAACUCUUUGCUCUGCUCCUAUGGGGUAGAUGACUACAUACAAUUGUCAGAAGCUGUGUUGACUGGGGCCCGAUUACAACUUAAGACCCUGGCUUGCAUCCUCAGCAGUUGCCCACUAAAACACCUGGUCCUCCUCCCAAAGGCUGUAGGUGCCAUUACGAGUACCAACUGCCUACGGCUCUGGAAGCUCCGUGAGUUUAUAUCGUUUGGGUCAAGUCAAGGCAUCAAAUUCAUAGAGACAUUGCCUCUGCACCAGUGUCCCAUCACCUCCUUUGAUGUCUGCUUGUCCUUGAACGUUUUUGCCACAGGCGGUUCUGAUGGCACCGUCCGCCUCUGGGAUUUUCAGGGUAGACUGAUAGCCAUGCUGGACUCCUCCCUGCACUUUGGCCCGCUCUGCUUUGCCAAUGACCGGGGUGACCUGCUUGUGACUUUCAACCAGAGUAUUUAUCUGGUGUCUUGUUUACAGCUGUUACCCCCAUCCAUACUCGCUCACCUCGCCCUUCUGAAGACAAUAGAUGACAUGGUAGAAACCCCCAAACCUUUCAUGCCAAGUUUCUUCUUUUCUUUUGAGACCUUAUUUGUGCCUAAGUAUAGCUACCAAGGUCUACAGAAACAGGACCUAGAAGGCCUGGUAAGCCUUUCCAAUAAGCGGGCUAUUGCCUUUGAUCAUAAUGUGCCACAUGUCAUAGAAGAAGACGAGGAUGGCAGCACCGUGUUACUGACUGGUCCCCGGCAUACUCCUUUGGAGGAAGGUGAGUUGUUGCAUGAGUUUGACAAGCAACCCCAAACUCACUAUGUGAUUCCUCCCCAGUUGCAGUUGACUGCCUGGGACGGAUUGAACCCCUAUCAGAUACUUGGAUGCUACUUCGGAUGCGGGAGGAAAUGGCUUAUUGCUCCGGAUUGCUACAUCCCUAACUCAGUGAUCCGUGCCCGUCUUUGGCCAGAGGGCAGUCCAAUAUUCCUCAAGUGCAGCCUGCACCCGCCUCAGCGGGAUCUGGAAUGGGAAAAGGGUCAGUCGUUCUUCUGGCAGAGCAGGAUAAGAGCUACAAGUGACGCGCGCCAAGAACCACAGAAAGAGGAUGAAGAUUUCCUAGAAGCAAGGCUAACCAAGGACAUCACUUACAGCAUCCUCACCGAUGUAGCAAAACGCAGCUGGCUGGGGAAGAAGAUGAGCGACGUGGCCAUUAGUAGCCUGAUCGAGGCAAUUCUCAGCAUCAUGGGCCAUGCCAACCCAGUGAAAUACCAGUGCUGUAUUGGUGCAUUAGGACAAAUCUUCGCCUCAUACCAGGUGUCUCCGGCUCUGCGCUCAGAGACAGCACACCGUCUGCUGGAUGACACAACCCAUUCCAACCCACUCGUCCGAGAACUAGCCUGGGAGGGGCUGAAGCGCCUAGGCAUGAUCAGUCGUCUCUUUGCCUUGCCUCUGGUCCAGGGAUUGAUGGACAAGGACCAGAAAGUGAGGAGCAAGGCCUUGACCCUAAUGCCCGACACUGGAGUCCAUUCAAAGAGCUCACUGUUAACCCUGAUCCAGAAGCCAGGCAUUUUCCAGGAGCUGCAGCAAGAGAUGAUUGGGGAGGAGUCCCUGGACCAUCUUCUGGGACUGAGGCCCACAGACAUUCAAGUCCUCAUUACUCAAAUAGAGCUGCUGUUAAAUGAUAACCUGUCCGUGUCUAAAAGAGGAGAUAAGGCCGAUUUCUCUCUGGAAAUCCCAGGCUCUUCUGCACCUAAACAGGCCAUCUCCUUGCUCCUAUUUCCCCCAACUCCUGAAGUCCUUCAAAUCAAGGCUGCCAAAAGCCAAAGACAGAUCCGGUCAGCGGGCAGAAAGCGGGCCCGGAAACUAUUGCGAGGCCUCAGAAAGGUGAAGGAGGCAAAACUGCAAAAACAUGAGGAGAUAAUUGAGCAGGGUGAGGCAGAAGCAGUCCAGGCAGACCUCAAAAUAGCCCCCUCCAGAACUUCAGCUGGGAGCCUACUGAAGAGCCCCAAGGAGAUUGAAGCUUCUGAUAAAGAUAUUUUGAAGGAACACAUUUCCGUGGCCCUGAGACUGAGGAAAAAGCUUCAUCCAAGAAUCCGAGACAAAAAAGACAAGAAAGUUCACAAAGUCCGCAAGCCCAGGAAGAAGAAGAAGAAAGAAACCGAAGCCAUAGCUGUAGUUGCACCAGAGGAAAUCUUGCCUCCUAUAGUGGCCGAACCUCCUCCUCUUCCAACACCAUCACCACCUUCUCUUCUACCACCACUACCACUACUGAGGAGGAGAACUCACAGAAUGUCUUCUCGGGGUGUCGGGGGAAUGCCGGGUAGGAUUCUCCCUCCAGACAGUGAGUGGCGGGAUGAUCUCUGUCGGCUCACAAACCUGAGGAUAGCUGAUUCCCAAUCGUGGAUGGUGAAUGACCUAAAUGCCGAGCUGGUGGCUACUGCUACAGAGAUCCUGGCAGGUAAGUAUCCGAGCUGGGAGCUCUUCGAGGAACUGUGCCCCUUACUGGAGGAAGAAAAGAUUGCUGAGGCUAAAGCUAAGGCCCAGGCUGAGGCUGAGGCUGUGGCUGAGGCUGAGGAAGAAGCCUGGCAAGAGGGAGAACCAGUCUCUAUUGAUGAAGAAGCAACUAGAGAGGAAGUCACAGGUCAGGAAGAGAUGCCAGAGGCUGGAAAGCAAAGACUAGAAAAAGAAGAGGGACUGCAGGAGGCGGAGGAAGAGACUCAAGAAAAGGACAAAGAGAAGGAAGUUGCUUUCUUAGAGUCAGAGGAUGUAGUCAAAGGGAAGCGGAGACCCAGGAAGGGAAGGAAAACUAGGAAGACAGUUAAGCAGGAAAAGAUGGAAAAAGAUGAGAGGAUAGAGGAGACCAUCUCUGCAGAAGAGCUGGCUGUGACUCUGAAACCAGAGGAAGUGGCUGAAGAAGGAGAAGGAAGAAGCAAAAAAAGAAAAGGAACAUGGGAAGAGGAGGAAGGAGCAGAGAAGAGAGAGAAGGAAGAGGAGGAGGAGCAAAUGAUUGAACCAAAAGAAGCAAUAACAGAGGCAGUUGAGAGAAAGCUGUCUUGGGUAGAAUGGAAGAGUCACUGGGAUGAAUGGCAGAAGGCCCAGACUCAGAGGGCAGUGCUUUGGGAAGACUGGAAGAAACAAUGUGAUAAGAAGCAUUUUGAAGAAGAGGCGAGACUCCGGGUGGAAGGAAAGCUGCAGCCAAGUGAGGAAGUAGAGGAACCGAAGAAGAUGCUGACAUGGGAUGAAUGGAGAGAGGUCUGGGAAAACAUAUUACAUACCAAAAGUGAGAAAGAACUGGAUUUGGGGGAAAUGUUCAAGGAAGGGGAGGAAGAGGAGGAAGAGGAAGAGGAAGAGAUAGGUGAAGAGGAAGAGGAAGAAGAGGAAGAGAUAUAUGAAGAAGAAGCAGAAGGCAGAAAAGAGAGGAGACAGAUCCGAAUGGCCCAGAAACAGGCCAGGGCAGACUGGAGACAAGCCCGAGGUGAAAGACGAAGAGCCAGGGAGAAGAAGCUGCUUGCACACGAAGAGGAGAAACUUGCACAGGAAGAGAGAAGGCUAGCCCAGGAGGAGGGAAAACUGGCCCAUGAAUAUGUGAAAAGUGCUACCAAGGGUGGAAAAUUGGCCCACAUAGAGAUGACCCUCGGUGAGAAAGAGACCUUUCUGAGCCAACAAGAGGAAAUCUUAAGCCGUGAAGCAGAGUUCCUGGCCCAGAAAAAAAAGAAGCUGGCCAGAAAGCUGGAGAAAAUGGCUCAUGAAAAAGAAAAAAUUGCAAAAAAAAUAAACAAGGUGGAAGAAGUGAAAGCAGUGUUGGCCCAGAAAACAGAAACCAUGAUGGAAAAGGAAAAGAAUCUGGCCUCGGAGGAAAAGAAGGUGAGAGAGGAGGCCAAGAACCAGGAAUUGGACGGACAGGAGCUAGCUCUGAAAGAAGACGAACUGUAUGAGGAAGCAGAAAAACUGGAAGAUAAAAGGGAGGCACUGGCUAAGGAGGAGGAGAUGCUGGCCUUGUAUGAGAAGAAUCUGUCAUUGGAGGAGGAGAUGCUGGCCCAGGAGGCAAAGCAUCAGAUGGAGGAAGAGAAAAGACUGGCCCUGGAGAAAGACAGAAGGCCUGAAGAGGUGAAGCAUCUGCAGGAGAGGAGGGAGAAACUGAGGGAGCAGAAACAGAGACUGGCCCAGGAGAAGGAGAGAAUAGCCCAGAGAAAGACAGAACUCAAAGUAAAGAAGACAAGAUUGGCCCAAAUGGAAGAAAGUCUGAGCCAGGAGAGGCACAAGCUGUCUUUGGAAAAAGAAAGACUGACCGAAAGGGGAAAGGCUCUCCAUGACAAGGAAAAAAAGCUCUUGAAAGGGAAGGAGCAAUUGCAGGACAUAAAAGGCAAACUGGAGACAUACAGGGAGAAGCUGAUUAACUUAAGUAAGAAGCUGAUGGAGGAGAAGACUGUCUUUGUGGCGAAGAAGGAGAAGCUGACUGUCACAGAGAAGAAAAUAGAGAUGGAAGAUAUGCUUCUGGCGGAGAAGCAAGGAAAGUUGGCUGUGGAAAAAGUAAAGUUAGCGAAGGAGAUCACGGAAGUGAUCCAGAAUAGCCAACUUAUCAGAGAAGAGACUGAGAUUAUUAAAGAAGCAGAAGAGCUGACCUCCGAAAUGAAAAGGGUGGCCAGGGAGAAGAUGGAACUGGUGGGAGAGUUGGAAGAGCCCCCUAAGACAGAGAUUAAGGAAGCCAUCUUGAGGAGGAGGAGGCUGGCCAUGCAUGAGGUAGAUCUAAUGAAGAAGAGAGUGUCGAUAGAGGAGAAGAUUCUAGCAUAUGAAGACAGACUGUUGGCCACAGAGGAAAAAGAUGCUGCCAGAGGGCAUCUGGAGCUUACCAGAGAACAGAGGAUAUGUGCCCACGAAGAAAGGAAAUUAGCCAAAGCCACCAGGAAACUGGAUAGAGAGAAGGGUGUUUCCAAGAAGCCUGCAGAGUCUAGAAAAACCUUAAAGGUACUUAUAAAUCUAAUCAGCAAAGUAAGGAAAGUGACACAGAAAGAAUCAAAGAUGACAAAGAUGAAUCGGUCACUGUUAAUUAAGGAGGCCGAGCUAAGCAUGGAGGAGAAGAGACUUGACAUUAAGGAGCUGGAAGACACAGAAGAACAACCAGAGAUAAUCAUGGAGGAGAGGAAGCUAGCUAAGAUGGAAAGACGUCUGGCCAGGCAAAUGAGAAGGCUGAGCACUGAAGAAAAGAGAAUGGCUGAGGAAGAAGGGCAGUUUGACUGGGAAUCAAAACAGGACUCAGAGGAGGAGGUGGAAGAGGAGGAGGUGGAAGAGGAGGAGGUGGGAGAGGAGAAGGUGGAAGAGGAGGAGGUGGGAGAGGAGGAGGAGGACCUUGAGACAGAGAAGGGAGCACUAUUCUUUAAAAGGCUGCGGAUUAGGAGAAAAGGCUUCAUGGAGAUUCUUCCUGGGAUGGAAAAGUUUUACAACCUAUUAGAACAGGUAGGACACAAAGAGAACUUUUUUCAAGAUAUGGAAAGCCUGUUGGUUGAAGUAGACAAAGAGAGUUUGUCUGAGGGAGAAAGGGAGGAGGCUGAGAAAGAUACUGAGGCUGAGGUGGAGGAGGAGGAGGGAGAGGAGAAAGAGGAGGAGGGAGAGGAGAAAGAGGAGGAGGGAGAGGAGGGAGAGAAGAAAGAGGAGGAGGGAAAGAAAGAGGAGAAGGGAAAGAAAGAGGGAGAGAAGAAAGAGGAGGAGGAAAAGAAAGAGGGAGAGAAGAAAGAGGAGGAGUGGAAAGAGGAGAAAGAACAAGUGGAGGGAGAGGAAAGGGAGAAGAAAGGCAAAGAGAUAGAGGAAUGGAAAAGAGAGAAGGAAAUGGAGGAGAUAGAAAAGAAAGAAAAGGAGAAGGAAAGAGAAGCAGGAUGGGAGGAGGAAGAGGAGGAAGGAGAAGAGGAAGAGGAGGAGGAGGAACAGAAAGAGGAGAAAGAACAAGUGGAGGGAGAGGAAAGGGAGAAGAAAGGGGAAGAGAAAGGGGAAGAGAAAGGGGAAGAGAAAGGGGAAGAGAAAGGGGAAGAGGAGAUAGAAAAAGAAGAGAAAAAGAUGGAAAAGAAGGUGCAUGAAGAGGAGGAAGAAAAAGAGGAAGAGAAAAAGGAGGAAGAGAUUGAAGAAAGUUCAAGUGAGGAGGAGGUGAAAAGUGUAGGCCACAUAGAAGAGGAAGAGGAGAAACAUCUAUGGGAAGAAGAGAGGAAGGAAGAGGCAGUGUUAAAAAGAGAAAAGCCAAAAAUACAGGUAGAAAGAAAGAAGGUCAUACAAAGACGGGCAAUGCUCCCUCAAGAAAUCCCUGUGCUCAAAGGGAGUGCUAUGAGGCUGAGCAGCCCUCUUGGGAAAUUGGUCCCAUUCCCCGAGGGGAUGGAACCAGAAGAAAAACAGAUAUCCGGGGAAGAGGAGGCAAGAGUGUUCAAGAUACCCACAAUGACACCCAUGAUAUCCCUGAGGGCAAAGGUGAUGGAUAAAGAGAGGGAGCUGCUGGACAAAUCUAAACUGGAACCCCUACACCUUCUGGAGGUGAUCUCAGAAUAUAAAGCAGCUGGCAUGACCACGCCAUUCACAUCUCAGACGGUUAGAAGGGCCAUGGAAGCUCACAGACUCCGUCUCAAAACAAAGUGGUUUCUACAGCAUCAUACCUCUCUGGCAGGACCAAUAGGACGGUUGCGUCUCCCCAAGAUCCUGCCAGAGGAACAAUACUCAGAGACUGGGGUAUCAGACAUUGAGUGGCUGCAUGGUGUCUUGAAACAGAUGGAGGCAGGAGAAGAGCUUCCCAGAUACACUUUCCACAGACUGUGCCGACUCCUCAAAGAACUCACGGAGUCGGGAGACCUGCAGUGGCUGCACCUGGCAGUCCUUGAAGCCAUUGUGCACCGUCAUAAGCAGGUUGCGGAUUCAAGAUCUUCAAAACCUAGUAGAGAACCUAUGAGUCCCAAACAUCUGAAAGUGAUUCCUCCCAUAAAGGGAAGGGAACAGGAUGACUGGCUGAAACCUUCAGCUGUCCCCAUACCAGGAUCAUUAGCUAACAAAAGGGUUACAGACCCAAAGGUUAUACACUGGCGUCUUCUAGGAGAGCCACACAGAAGUACACGGCUGCAGCAGUUAUCCGAUGCUCUGGAUGAAAUGGAGACACGGUCUUUUGAUCCUACCACAAGAGAUAUUUUGACCGAUGUUCAUUCUUCCAUAAACAAUCAGACCCUGGCACUGAUGUUUCAGAAGGACUUUGGGGACCUUAAAAGUAAAAGCAGGUAUCCCAAACUGCCUAAGUUGGAGAAAAAGCCUAUCUCCAAAAAACCGGAAGAGGUACCUCCAUGGGAGACAUUUGUGGCACUCUACCAUGUUUUGCGGAUGCUACAGCAGCGGUAUGCCAAAGACAGGGCUACUUGGAUGGAAAAGUUUUACCAGCUCAUGGACCUAUACCAGAUUAAGUCUCCUGGAAUCCAGAGGCUGCUGCUGGACCUGCUCCUGACUGAAGAGCCCCAAUCCCAAGAGUUCAUCUCCAAAGAGACUGUGGAGGCCAAAAAGCUGAUGCCCGGGGAACGGCUGCUGUACUGCUUGGUUUGUGGUAGCUCCCACCCCCCACAAAUCCCUCUGGAGUUCCGGAAUGUCAUACCCCUCCCCGAACAGAAUAACGUGUAUACCAUUAGUCCCAAAGGCAUUACCAAGUACGGAAUCCUGGAACUUGCCUGGAAGAGCCUGCCCCAAGCUGACAUUCAUCUCAUCAGGAAAGAGUCCCAUGUCAUUGUUCCCACUCCCUAG